AGCUGCAAGGGCUUUUGGAGAAUACCUUUCACAAAACCAUCCUGAAGGCAGGAACGGCUCAGAUCACCUGUUAGCAGACUCCUACAUCGGGCAGGAGGACUCCCCUGAGAUGCAGCAGGCGGCACAGAACAAGCGCAGACUCUCCGUCAUCUCCGACGGCAAGUUUGAGAGGAGCUUCUGCGAGGAGCAGACAGAGAAGAUCCCGAGUGAGGGACCAAAGCCACGAGUCUACACCAUCUCUGGAGAGAGACCAAUGCUGUCAGACCACGAGAAUGACAGCAUGGAACUGGUGGUGAUGAAGGGAGGUGGCCAGGACGAAUGCCACCACGGCCACCAGGGCCACGGUGCUGGUGGCCCUCACGGAGUGGGCAGGCAGUGCAAGGGCUGGCCAGGCAGCAGGCAGGGCUCCAAGGACUGCCCCACCUGCACCAGGCUGGCUGCCCCUUCCCAGCAGUCCAUUGAGCUGGAGCAGCAUCCACCCAACGAGGCUGGGUGGCACAGGAAAAGGCUGGAGAGGAUGUACAGUGUCGACCGAGUGUCUGAUGAUGUCCCCAUACGGACCUGGUUCCCAAAAGAGAACCUCUUCAGUUUUCACACUGCUACCACAACUAUGCAAGCCAUUUCGGCAUUCAGGGGCUACGCAGAGAGGAAGAGACGGAAACGAGAGAGUGAUUCUGCAGCUCUUAUCCAGAGGAAUUUUCGGAAGCACCUCCGCAUGGUGGGGAGCCGAAGGGUUAAAGCACAAACAUUUGCCGAACGGCGUGAGAGGAGCUUCAGCAGGUCCUGGAGUGACCCGACCCCCAUCAAAGCUGAUUCCUUCCAUGACUCUCGAGAAAGCCAUGACCUUCAGGAUUCCUGCGGCACUCUGGAAGGUGACUUCGACUUGAACUGGGAAGCAGAAAAGGAACUUGAAGCCAUGGCAUGUGAUGGAGAAGACUUUAUUCCACCAAAAAUAAUGCUCAUUUCUUCCAAGGUGCCCAAAGCAGAGUAUGUCCCGACAAUUAUUCGCAGGGACGACCCCUCUAUCAUCCCCAUCCUCUAUGACCAUGAACAUGCCACCUUUGACGAUAUCCUAGAGGAAAUAGAGAAGAAGCUUAACAUUUAUCGGAAAGGCUGCAAGAUCUGGAAGAUGCUGAUAUUUUGCCAGGGAGGUCCUGGGCACUUAUACUUGUUAAAGAACAAAGUUGCCACUUUCGCCAAAGUGGAGAAGGAGGAAGAUCUGAUCCUCUUCUGGAAGAGGUUGAGUAGGCUGAUGAGUAAAGUCAAUCCUGAACCAAAUAUCAUCCACAUCAUGGGCUGCUAUGUUCUUGGAAACCCCAAUGGGGAGAAGCUAUUUCAGAAUCUGAAAAACUUAAUGAAUCCUUAUAGGGUUGCCUUUGAGUCUCCACUUGAACUAUCAGCUCAAGGUAAGCAAAUGAUUGAGACUUACUUUGACUUCCGCCUUUACCGCCUGUGGAAGACCCGUCAGCACUCUAAGCUAUUGGAUUACGAUGACAUUUUAUGAGCUGGAGAAGACUUUGCGAGAGGAAGUUCAUCACCAGUGUCCAAGAAGUCAUGCUUAUUGCAGAGAGACUUUUUUAUUGGCACAGGGAGCCCUUCACAGCCCUACGGGAGGCAGCAGCAGUGCUAAAGGGAGGGAAGGAGGAGCCCUCGGAGAGUCUCCUGGCUCAAGAGAGACUGGAGGGAAAGGGGGUGACACCUCGCUGGCCUCAGCCCGAGCCGUGGGGUCUCAGGAGGAGCUGUGUGAAACGAGGACAGGAUGGAGUUCCUGGCAGAACUGAGCUGUUUUGGGUCAGAAUGGGCCAGAUUUGAUUCCAGGUCCUUUUAAAGACUUUUGAAGCUCAGGUUUUCUUACACAAAAACACAAAAAAAAAAACAAAAAAAGAAAAACAAAAAACCCUAUUACCCAUGCACUACAGUGAAGAAGUCACCAGAGCACAGAGGAAGGAGAGGGUUGUACUGAUGGGACCUUCUGUGCAGGGGAUCUCAGAGAGCAAGGACUGCUACACCUACUCCUGCAGCUUAGAGCAAGAUGAUCCAGUUCCCAUGUGAAUAUAUACUGGGCUAUAGAAUUGAAAUCUUAACUUCUCUCUUUUUUUUUUGGUUUUGUUUCAUAGAAAAUAAGUGCAAUUUUUAUAGCAAAGGGAGGUCAAAUCCCUCCCACUAUUUAAUGGGUUAAAAAAAUAACACACCAUAACUAAUAGAUGAGGUAUUUUGGGGGUCUGCUUGAAAAUAUAUUCAAAAUGGUAAUAUAUCUUCUGUAGACAAUAUUUAAUCACCAGCAAACAUGGUUUGAACAUA